CAUUUUUAGAGUUGCCAACGUGCACACGACAGGGUCGUAGACUUUUUCCUAUGGUUUGAAGUCUGGAGAGCAUCUCUGAAGGAAGUUGAGGGUCAGUUCGGAACAGCGGUCGUAUCGUUUUUCGUCUUCGUAAAAUGGAUGAUGUAUUUGAACAUUGGCAUUUUCCUCUUAAUCUUAUCCUUCAUUAUCGUUCCCCAAGCAAUAAACAACCACAAAGACAUGGUCUUGACUGAUAAUUGCACUGUGUCAUACGAAGAAUAUGUUAAAAGUGAUACUGAUUAUUCAGGCAAUGUAUUUUUUUACGUCGUUGAUUUUCUCGAAGGAAAGGGUUUUAUGGAAUAUACAGUACUAUUUUAUGGUUUUUAUGUUCCAUCGGAAUAUUCCUCAAUUCCAUACGACAUGCCAUUGGCGUACCUCCUGACCGGAUUCGCAUGUUUUCUAUUAAGUGUAAUUAUUGUGGCACGGAGGGCAGGAGACGGUUUCAAACAAAAUAUGCUGGAGCAAGAAGGCCAUCAGUGCAAGUAUUCUCAGAUUGUAUUUACGGGAUGGGAUUUCUCGCUCACUGACUCAAAAAAUGCAAGACUGAAACACAAAAGUGUUUUAUUUGAAAUAUCGGGUGAUCUUAGUGAAGAGCAGAGGAAACGAGAGCAAGCAGAAAUGAAAGCGAAGGAAAAAUGUAUGCUCUAUACACUACGCAUCGUUAUAAAUUUAGUAAUCGUUGCAAUCGGAGUAGGUGCGUUAGUCGGUAUUGUAGCGGUCACUAUAUACGCAAUUAAUCAAUCAACAGGAAAUUUAACCGGUAUCACGGCGUUCAUUAUCAGUUACCUGCCGUCCAUCACCGUUACAGUCAUUAACAGUAUUGUUCCCAUAAUCUUUGGCAUUUUAGUCAAAUUCGAGAAAUACAAUCCAAACUUUGAAAUCAAUAUCACAUUAGGAAGGACCGUCCUGCUGCGUUUAGCCUCGCUUGCUGUUCUCAUUGGUUCCAUCAUUCCAAGAAUCACGGACUGUGAGCAUAACGAAGAAAUAAAUGUUACCGCAAUCAUCGCCUAUUGCGAGGCUUGUGAAGAAUCAAUACAGUGUUGGGAGACCUACCUCGGCCAGGAGAUGUACAAAUUAUGUAUCACUGAUUUCGCCGCAGUCAUCGGUGUUAUAAUCUUCUACGAAUUUCCUCGAAGGCUUAUUACCAGUUAUUUUGAAUGCGGUAUUACGAAGAUUCUUGGGGACAUGGAGUUUGAAAUACCAAAGAACGUAUUAGCGAUCGUUUACUCUCAAGCAAUAUGUUGGCUUGGUGCGUUUUUCUGUCCGUUGAUUCCAUUCAUGACCGCGUUGAAAUUUUUCAUCGUGUUUUACUUUAAAAAGUGGAGCUUACUCUACAACAUGGUUCCAUCAGCAAGACCUUACAAAGCGUCUCGAUCGGGCUUCUUCUUUAUGGUUAUUCUGCUUGUCACGUUUCUUCUCUGCUUUGCUCCAGUGGUCUGCGCAAUGACAUUAAUGACGCCUUCUAAGGGAUGUGGUCCUUUUCGCGAUCUUGAAACAAUGUGGGAAACGAUGAUAUUAGCGUUUGAAGAUUGGCCUCCUGUAGUCCAGGAUAUAAUCAACUACUCUGUUUCUUCUAGUCUUUUUGUUCUUGUAAUUGCGAUAGCUCUAAGUUUGGCGAUGUAUUACUACUACGUAGCAGGAAGUGCGCAAAAGGAAAUAAUCAACCAAUUAAAGGAACAACUUGUGAUGGAAGGUAAAGACAAACAUUUCCUAUUGCUUCAAAUGCAAGAACUUGAGCCAUCAGUGAAGAAGGACCUCCGCCAAAAACGAAUGGAGAGCGGGAAUACCGGUACGUUACGAGGAAAGAGACGCGUUUCGCAGCAGCAACCAAUCAGCGAAGCCAUGUUCAACGACGCUGAUGACGUCUCAAUUAUUUCAUCUAUUGUUGAGAUGGCGGGGCCAAGUGGAACUGGAGAUCGGUACCAUUCGGAUGAUAAAGGGAGUCAUUCGUAUGACAGAUAAAACAUAGCAAUAAUAGCACCGAUAUUCAACAAGUAUUUUUAUAAUUUCCUUUGCACACAUACAAUUACGAAUUUAUCACACUCAUCUCAAAUUAAACGAUUGGAUAUUUAACUGCUAGUCCUAAAUCUUGUUAUAAUGUUUGAAAAGUAAAAUAUUGGUGUUUAACAGCGGGUUCGAGAAUCUUUGGAUCUUAGGAUUAAAAUACAAACAUUAUUAUUUUCUACGAAGGUGCAUCUCCACUAAUAGCUAAAAUUAGUUGUAUGUUUCUUAAAGUAGGCCUAUGUGUUUGAUUUGUCUUGCAUCACAUAGUCCUAAUGUAAUUACUUUUUUUUUCUUUAUAAUUUUGGUAUUUUGUUCAGAUCUAUUGCUCUUCCACGGGGCCUGGUAAUUACUUUAGGACUAUAGCCAGUCUGAUAAUGAGUAGAGUUGUUUUAGUCGUGAGAAAAAUCCUGUUAUCACAGGAAUUGAACCCACGACCUGGGCUUUAGACGGCAGUCGUCUCACCCUCGAUAAAAUAAAGAUUUAACUAAAGAAUUAAUCACUAAGCUAUUCAACUUAACUCACAGGCCUUGUGGGAUUUUUGUUGUUGAAAUAUUUGCCUCAGGGCCCAGUUUGUAGAGAAACCGAAUGGUAGUUUGUCUUAAUAAGAUAGGAUAUCAAUAUAGGCCCUACGCCUUUUUCAUGAAACAUGUAUUUGAGGGGAAAAUAGCUACGACGUUCCAUCUGGUACAAACAUUCUUAACAUCAGACGUUUUUUAGCAACAGGUGCGCUGACUACAUAAAUUUAGCAAAUACUAUUACGUUAUUUGAAUCUAAACUGUACAAUGAUAGAAGAAAAACAGUUGUUUGUUUAGAGUUAAUAGUAAAGACAUUUAGUUUGGGAGGCUAUUAACAGGCUUAUACUUUUUGUGGGGGCGGGGUUGGGGAUUUGGAAUAGUCAUACUCAUUUCAUAUUAUCGUAUUAAUUGUAAUUGAUUUCUAUUGUAUUUUUCCAUUGAAUGAAAGGUGAUUUGAAUUGAAGUACUUUUGCUCCAUUUGCAAAAAGUUAAAAUAAAAAAUUGGCAAUUUUAAAAAUGAAACAAUUCAAUAAGCAUAUAUAUACGAAAUGGUUAUGCCUAUACAUUGUAUUCUCGGAAGCAAUUAUCAGAUAUUCUGUUUGAAUAUCAGAGCAAUGGAUUCUAAUGUAUACAUUUUUGAAUAUUAAAUAAUAAUAUUUAAAUGAAAAUAUAA